UAAUAGGUACUUUAAUAAAAUUAUGUAACAGUUUUGCUGAUAAAUCGGGCUCAUACCCAAAUGCGGGGGGGAUUUGAAUGAAAAUUGUUUGAAACUGAUACGACGAGUAUAAUAAUAUGCGAAGACUUGUGUAUUUGGGGUCAGCGGUGGUGGCUGCCUGGCUGUACGCCAUGUUCGCCUCCGCAGCGCUGCCACCAGGCCAGAUGCUUCCUAACGCAGACCGGUUGGAGGAAAUCAUACACCUCGGACUGUUCCCGGACAAACCCAGGAGCAUGUCCUUCUUGGACUACUUUCGUAACUUUACAGAUGUCAACGAAAACCUGACAAAGGUACUAGAAAGGCUGGAAUUCAACGUCCUGGAUCACGAAAACCUGGAAAACGUCAUCAAGCUUGCAGAGGAAGCGAAGAGGCUUAAGGAGUUGAAGCUGGCUGCCGGUCUGGACGCUGGCAGAAUGAAGGGGGCCACGGACGCAAGGCGGCAGGGUAACAUACUGCAUGUAUUCAACUAUGCGGAGCAUCCCUAUGCUUGGGAUAUACGAGGCAGAAGGAAAUUACUCCAAUUCAUGGCGCACUCGGUUUAUUCGACGAGAUACGAGAUCAAUAAGCUACACUUACUUAGAAAAAAGUACAGAAACAGCACCGUGUUUAAAAUCGGGUUGCUAUUCGGCAACACGUUGGAGCAGAGGGCUACCGCGGGGAAUGUCUACAGCACGAUGGUCAAGAUGCCUCUCAAUGUUUCCAUGCUGUGGUACGUGUUCCACUACCACAAGCUGCUGAACAUACUUGCCGAUGUGAACAGUAACACGGAGUUUAUAUAUCUGCUAAACAACCGCCUCAAGGAUGGCAUUACACACUUAAAAGCAGCAUUGGCAUAUAAGAAUGAAGACAAAGCAGCUUACAGCUUACCUUCGGACUCCGCGGAGUUUACCAGCCAGGAUCCCGAGAGAAUAUACAAGAAAAAGAAGAAGAAAUAAAUGUUUUAUUGCUUUGAUGUUUGAAAUUAUUCUACAUAAAUAUAUAAAAU